GCCACAACUAUGAUGAGCUGUAAGAGCCAUGGAUCGAAGGAUGUAGAAGUGGGUAAAGAACAGGACAUUGCUCAUGUAUAUAACCACAAUGCUGAAGUUUUACCAAACUCCCGCAGUACAGUGGAAGACACAGGAACAAAUGAAGUUCUAUCACAAAAGCCUGAAAAAGAAACCAAAGACGAGCCAACUACAUUGCUUUGUCAGCUUGAAUCAACUGUUCAUUCAAGGGAACAGCAGAACACUACAGAAGACCAAGUAAAAGAGGGGAAACUAGAAAAGAUCAAGCCAAUUGAGGAUCUAGAAGCAGACCCCCAACCUAGUAAGAGGCGGAAACUGAGUGUUACAACAGAACCAAGGGUACUGAGAGACAGAACCCGAGGAAGGAUCAAAGAAGAUGCUCAUGGGGCCAACUUGACACUCGUGGAAAUAUCCCAAUCCAAUUGUGAAGUCUCACAUACAAGUCUGGAAUCCACAGAGGAAGAAGCUGGCAAACUCAAAAUAGUAAUUUCAAAGGAUUCUGAAGAUUAUUCUUCUGAGGCCUUGUUAAAUCAUUCUGAUAUGGAGGACUCGCGGUUUUUUGCAGAAGUGGAGGAACAGUCUGUCUUAAUUAAACAUGUUCAAAGAGUUAAAUCGAAGAUGGAAAUGGAAGUCACACCUUUGUCUGAGGCAUGCUCCUCGCAGUCUUCAUUUUCCAAACUUGUAGUUUCAGAAGACCAACAGAUAGGAGAUGAGGAACAGCUUGAAGAUGCUGAUAAUGGUAACAGAAACAACCAGGACAACCAAGAGAGAGAUACUGUAGAGAAGGUGACAGAUGAUUCAAACCUAACUGCUAAUCCCUCAGAAAUACUGGUGUCUGCUUGCCUCCCUAAGAAAGAUAAAUGUCCGGCAAAGUGCCAUUUCUGUGGACGCUCUUUUCGUCAUAUCACAGCCUACAUCAUCCAUCGCCGCAUCCACACAGGUGAGAAGCCUUACAGUUGCCAGGAGUGUGGCAAGACCUUUGCUCAGCUGUCUCACCUUAAUGUCCAUAAAAAGGUCCAUAAGCUACCCGGACAGUUUCAGUGCCCGCUUUGCACCAGCAGGUUCUCCCUCAGAGAUAAACUGCUUUCCCAUUUUCUGACACACACUAAUUACCUAAAUCGGAAUAAUUUGGUUGGGGAAUCUACUAAUGAUAGUGCGCAAAUUAAGGCCAAAAUCAAUGCCCGUAUUUCAAGUUCAUCCUUUUCUUUGCAAGAUGGGAAACCUUUCAAAUGCAUAAACUGUGAGAAACAAUUUCGCUACAGUGUUACCCUGAAAAGGCACACAUGCGUCCAAAGAGGUGAUAAGCACUUUUCUUGUAAAGUCUGUGAUCAAGCUUUCAAUAAAGUCUCUAAACUUAGUGAUCAUGAGAAAAUACACUGGCCAGUUAAGCCCUUUGCCUGUAGUGUGUGUGGGAAAGCGUUUAGUCAGCUUGGUGCGCUGAAAACUCACUCGCGUACACACACAGGAGAGAAGCCUUUCACCUGUGCCCAUUGUGGUGAUGCCUUCCUCCAGCUUACAUCCCUGCGUACACACCAGGCAUCCAAACUUUGUCUGUCCAAAGGAAUGGGUGAAGAUGGAAACAAUGGUUGUAUGGAGGAUUUUGUGGAAUGUCUAGAGGGGCAAGAAACCCCUACGGAGUUGUUUAAAUGUCAGGUCUGCAGCAAGAGCUAUGAUAUACAAUCUGAGUACAACCUGCACCUGCUAACGCACACUGAUGUUCAGACUUCUGUUUGUGGGAAGCAGCUCAACAACAGUUCUGAUCACAAUGCCCAUCUGCAAAUUUGCUGCAGAUUCAAUGGAACGGAAUCACAAAACACAUCCCUUUCUGACGUUUAUGACACUUCUCAACUUCAACAUAAUCAGCCUGCUCAGUCCCCUGACUAUCUGCGAACACUACCCCUGAACAAUCAACAAUCAAAGUGUACAGGUCCCUCUGUAAACACCAUACAUGGUUCAGUUACUCAACCAGAGAACAGCAGCACAGUUGCAGAUCAGCUGAAAAUUUGUGAGUCCUCAUCCACUGACUCCAGGUUGGUUAGUACCUCCACUAAUGGUGGGUCCAUUGGGUCAUGCUGUGAACUCUUCAAAAGCCCUAAAAGGAUUCAAGCCCACUUGCUGAGCUCUACCUCCCAUUACAGUUACACAUGUGGGCGCUGUGGCAAGGCUUUGACAAACUGGAAUAAGUACUGGCUGCACCAGCGAGUGCACUGUCAAAAACCUGGUGGCUUCUGUUGCCCUCAAUGCAGUCAGAACUUUCGCUUUCAUGGACUGUACAAGGAGCACAUGCUAGAGCAUGCAAAGCAGAACCCUUACGCUUGUCCUGUUUGUCCCAUUGCCUUUGCUGACAAAGAAAGCUUGAUGGACCACCAGGGCAAGGAGCACAAGGUCUGCGAUACUCAUAAGUGCCGUACCUGUGGAAGGCGUUUCAUUCAUCUCAGAAACCUGGAACGACACAGUCUCCGACACAGAGGUGCCCACCCGCGCAGGCACUCCCUUGGCAACCGCUCUGGUGUUCUUCAAUGUCUGUUAACUACGGACUCGCAUUGCCACCCACUACCUGAUGUGCCAGCUGAAGCCGUUUCACUCCACAGAUGUGGGGAAUGCGAUGCCAACUUCACGACUUUGGACAUGCUUGCCAUUCAUCAACUCUGCCACUCCACUGGAGACAGGAAUCCCCAAGAUGGAGAAAUUGUGGCAGGUUCCCUUGCACCAGAACACCAACUACAAGCUCGGUCCACACCCUCACCCACACCUGUGCUAUCCUCAUCACCACUGGUUUCCCCUGUUGAAUAUGAGAGCUUGUAUGCCUAUCAACACCCUGAGGAUCUCUAUGUUUACCGCACCCCCUCUACCUCGUUUCCACCACCAGUUCUUCCGUACAUCACCAAUGUGUUCUGUUACCGUGGCCCCUCCCAAAUGAACACAAGCAACACUAAACCUCCUGCACUUUUAAACACUUCCGAUUCCAACAGGCUUCCUGUGAACAAGAAGCAUGUCCUUUCUGACCACCUCUACGCUGCUCCUCCUCGGGCAUGCCUAGCUCCGUCCUCGUCAGAUUCCCCUUCUGCCUCGCUUUCAGCACCUCAAGGGAAGCACCCACCUGCACCACGCAUGAGCAAACCCCUUCAACUGUCCUCCAGUAGCCUGUCCCUACAGAGUUCCUGGGCUCAGGCUUCUCCCAAUGCUCAGAUUAACAGGAUUCAGUUCAGAAGCAAUGGGGAUUCAUGGGUCGAUUUCUCGAGUCUCCCUUUAUCCUAUGUCAAACUUAAGAACAAAGUGGAGACACAGGAUAGUUUGGAAUGUGCAGAGUGUGGGACGCAAUUUGGAGCCGUGUCGGAAUUGUACGAACAUUAUAUCCAACACGCCAGAGGAGAGGUGUGAGAUUAUACAGAACAAGAAAAUGAAAAACAAAAACAAUUUUGUUUAGAAUUUUUUUUUUUUUUUUUUGAGCCAUUACAUUGUGACAGUCUGCCAGUUCUCUAUAUUCAGCAGAAGGUAAAUAAUGCACACAAAGAAUACCUUGGUGAAUGUGACUACUUUUUUGGCUGUAUUGUGAAAUACAUUUAUGUCUGAUAUGUUUUUUUUCCACAUUACAGGCUAAUGUAGGUGUUUGAGUUUGCAUAAUAAGUGAGUAUGGUUAUAGACUUGUCUGUCAACUACAAAGCUUUUGUUUCAAUCUUGCUUCAGCACAUGUUUCUAAGUCCCUUUAAAUAUAAUGAAACAAAUUCAGUUGUAUUGGUAUUUCUAUAACUUUCUGACAGUAUUUGUAUCAUUGACUGUUAAUGGUUGGGGAACUGUCUGCUGUCCUUUAAAAAUUCUGUUUGCUUCAAUAGUAUUAAAAAUAACUGUAGUUCUCAUGUAAAUUGAUUUUUCUGAGUGUACAUUUUCUUAAUAGUGAGUGUAAAAUCCUCUGCAUGGGGUUACUGUUAUUCCCUGAAAAUGUUGAAGAAUAUUUUGUUCUGUUUUGAAUAGAUGGGAGCCAGAUUUGUAUCCCCCGUCAGUGUCACGUUUUUCCCAGAUCAGAUUCAUGAAUGUUGAGCAUAAUACAUACCUCAGUACUUCUAUACUUUAUUUUAUAGUUGUUUUUUUAUCUUUAUCAAAGGUGUGAAUAUAUAUUUUUAGUGCUUUUUAUAUAAAAAAUUGUUUUCUUUGAUACCGUUUUCAAAAAGCUACAGUAAGUGUGUAGAGGUACAUAAAAAUUAUUUUAGGCUAUAUGUCACAUCCUUAAUACAUUUAAUAUUAGAUGCUUAAAAAGGGAUGUCUGUAAAUCUUGUAAGGUGAAGUAUAGGUCAUGGUUAAAACAAGUAUAUAGCUAUGGAACAAAGGUUUCAGCCAUUGUUCAGAAAAUGGGAAUGUCAUUAUUUCAGGAAAUAAUACUGUAUAUACAUGCAUAGUUCAUGUUUGCAAAAUGUGUUCAGAAAAGCGUACACAUUAGAGAAAAAUACCUGUUCUGGAAUGUAUAACCUUCGGUUGUGAUUUGU